UAAAGGGAUCGUUUUAGUCGUAUUCUACUUUAGUGGCCGGUGGUCAUGGAUACGUCUCCGGUGCAGUCAAGUGCGAAGUGUGGCUCAGAUUUCAGUAUUGCGCGGAUACUGAGUACUGAUAGCAGAAGAAGUGAUAACGUAGAAGUUCCGGAUUGGUUGUGUUGCACUCGGUACAGGCCGCCUCGGUUACCACGUGCAGUGGGUAGUGGCGGGGGCCGCGCCCGGCGGUCGGGGCGGCACGCUCGGGUGCCGUUCACGGCAGCACAAGCGGCGGCGCUGGAGGCCGCGUAUGCGCGCGCGCCGUACCUCGCGCCACCGGCCUUGCGUGCGCUCGCCGCAGCCUUGCAGCUACGUGACGAUAGAAUAAAGAUUUGGUUUCAAAAUCGUCGUGCAAGAGAGAGGCGUGAGAAAUGUUCUACCAUCGCUCCACCGGUAGCCGUGACGCUGCCUGCGACUACCACAGCCCAUGUCUCGUUGCUGUCUCCUUGGACUACCACCAGUAACAUCCAUGGCAAUCAGUAUAAUAUAGCUGUUCAGCAAAGUGCUGGCGAAUCACCCCAAUAUGAAAGAGAUAGAAGUAAUUUGAGCGUUUCCUCCUGGAGUGUGUCUACAGAUGAGGAUAGAUGCGACUCGCCCUUAGACAUAGAAUCUAUUGAAGACUAGUAGGAUAAGAAGACUGACGAACUUGUCAGAAGUAAAUUAUUGACGACUGUAUGGAUUUACCAUUUACUGUGAUA